CUCAACUCUGGACAGUGUCGAUCGGCAGCGCCAGCGGGCAAAACGCGUAUUCAACUGCAGAAUUCGAUUUCACAAAAUCCAACUACUACAAUUCAGUGUUCAUUUAACUGAGAAUUCAGGGAUUUAUCUAAGACUCUCUCGUGUGUGUUUUUUCGGUGUUUUCAAUUGACUGACAGUGCGCGCGCAGCAUAAAAAAAAGAAUAUAUAAAAAAUUCCCUACGAAAAAAAUCCUUAAACACAAUUAUCAGAGAGUCCAGCGCUGACUGAGUGAUUUGUGACCGAGUGGCAUUGAGUGCAAAUUCCAGCUAAUACCGAAUCUACUGUAAUCAAGUUGAUUACCCUCAGACAGGCAGUCAACGCAGUCUGCAAACAGAACAAGAUUUUCGUUGCGAUUUCUGGGCUGGAGCACGUUGCCGGACAGCAGUUGAAAUGAAUCUCUUAAUAACAUCAGCGCCCGCACGGGCGAUGCUCCAUUUCGUGCUGGUCACAUUGGCGCUGAUGCCAGCGUUGAUUUAUGGCCAUGGUCAUCAUGGCAAUGGCAAAAAGCAUGCCAGAGAACUGGCAGACAUCGCCCAUGGUGCACAAUUGGUUAUGGAAACCCGCUCGGGCGAUGUCCAUGUCCGUCCCGCUCGCCAGGCUCUGCCCGAGGAGCGGCCCACGGUGCCGGCUGCUCCGCCUGCCACACCCACUGCGGUGGGCGGUGGCAACAAGCGUGUGAAGAACAAUAAUAAGAAAUCAAAUAAAGCACAGAAUCAGAUGCAACACGCUUCAGGCUCUGGUCGUAGAAAUGGCUAUAAGAAAUCUGCGGCACUCAAUGGCGAGGAGCAACAACAGCAACAGGGUCACCACAACAAUGGCAAACAGCAGCGACAGCUGGCAAAGCAUCCUCAACAGGAGCAUCAGCAUCGUACUGGCAAGAGAUCAGGUGCCAAAAAGGCAUCCGAGAAGGCUCAAACCUGUCGUUAUACGAAGAGCUCGUGGACAGAGUGUGAUACCAAGACCAACAUGCGCACUCGUACUUUAUCCCUGAAGAAGGGCGAUUCCAACUGUCUGCCCACUCGGUCUAUGCAGAAGACCUGUAAGAAGUCUUGUCGCUAUGAGAAAGGAACCUGGUCGGAGUGCGUUAAUGGACAGAUAACACGUGAGGACAAACUGAAGCCAGCCGAUGACGGUAGUCCACAAUCCACCUGCAAUCCGGUGCGCGUUAUGAACAAGAAGUGCAAAUCUGGUGGUGCAGGCGGUGCACGCUCCACCAAAGAGCGCAAGCACAAGGAGAAAGGCUCACGUCGUACAUCGCCACAGGCUUAAGUCGUCGACGGUCGUCAAUCAAUCGUCAAUCGAUGUAAAUCAAUCAAAGUAUUUAGUAACAGCACAAUAACAUUUGUAGCAAUAAUUUGACACACACUGUUGACUAACCGCAAGGUCAGUUCGAACAAAGUAUCCAUAAUAAAUAUAAAAAUAUAA